AUGGAGAAAAGGCUGAAUGAUGCAGCAAUCCGAGGUGAUAUUGUGGCUCUAUCACAAUUAGUGGAAGAGGAUCUUCACAUUUUUGAUAGAAUUUAUUUGAAUUGUGAUGAUAAGAAUGUUCUUCACAUUAGUGCAAUGUUGGGUCAUGAAGAAUUUGUGCGAGCUAUUCUCCAAAUGAAUUCAUCUUCUCAUUAUCAGAUGUGUUUGGUUCGGGAUCGAAAUGGAAGAAAUCCUUUACAUCUUGCCGCUAUCCAUGGCAAGUUGAACAUAUUGAAUUUGGUAAAUGAUCAUGAUGGGUUGAUGCAAGCAGCUCAAGAAAAAGCAGACGAAGGAGGGACUAUUUUACAUUUGUGUGUUAAAUAUAACCAGUUGGAGGCCUUGAAAUUCUUGUUGCGAGUUUUCGCCGAUUCUGAGUUUGGGAGACGAGAAAUCAUUUUGCACUUGAUAAACAACACGUCCCAGAUUGUAAACAUUAAGAACGUAAAUAGAAAAACUGCAUUGGACAUUUACCGCGAGAAACAAUUUGAAAUACCACCAGUACAAUUCCAGCAGAUUGUAGAUUCUAUUUUGAAAGUUGGAGGAAAAUCUGGUUAUGUUGGUUCGAAUGGAGAAACUGAACAUGUUGAUGAUAUUGAUGAUGAGGAUGAAUUCGUAACAUUGAAAUUGGUUGAAAAAGGUAAAGACGUAAUAAUGGUUGUGGCCUCAAUUAUCGCAACAAUGGCUUCUCAAGCAAUGGUAAAUCUUCCUAGAGGUGUUAAUUGCCAGGAUGAUUUGUCAUCAGAAGUUCCUUACAUAAUAAACAAGGCAGGAAAAUGUGUGAAGAAACAAACCGAUCCAGAAAACUUCAAGAAUACCGGAAUCAACAAGUUGGCAUCUGGUAGUACCAAGCCUGUUGACCGUAAUCGAACUCGUGGCUCUUGGAAUUCCGGCAAUCUGGAUCCUCCGGAACGUUGUCCGGUUAGGAAAUUUUGCUUUUCUUUCGUCGGACGUGAACUACACAAAGCUGUUUUUGUGGGCAACUAA